AUGGCGCGAAAGCUGUUUAAUUUGCUCAACAAGCGACAAGAGGAGGCAAGCCCUGUUCACACCAUGGGCGUGGUUGACCCCGUGCAGAUGACCCAACAAGCUUCAAAUCAAGAAGCAGUCUAUAUUUCCGGUUGGGCAUGCUCCUCGCUGCUUACAACUUCGAACGAAGUUUCUCCGGACUUCGGGGAUUACCCCUACAAUACCGUUCCGAAUCAGGUUCAACGCAUAUUCAAAGCACAACAACUUCAUGAUAGGAAACAUUGGGAUGAGAGAAGAAAGUUGACUGUGGAACAGCGUGAGGAGAUACCUUACGUUGACUUCCUGCAGCCCAUUUUUGCGGAUGGCGACACAGGACAUGGUGGCAUUACCAGUGUGAUGAAAUUGGCCAAACUGUUCGCAGAGAGUGGUGCAGCAGCUGUGCAUUUCGAAGAUCAACUGCACGGUGGGAAGCGAUGUGGUCACUUGGCCGGGAAGGUGAUUGUGCCUAUGAGUGAACACAUUCAACGACUCGUUGCUGUCCGUUUCCAGUGGGAUUUGAUGGGUACCGAGAAUCUACUCUGUGCUCGAACCGAUUCUGAGAAUGGAAGACUUAUCAGCAGCACGAUCGAUACGCGAGACCACGAGUUCAUCCUUGGCGUUACUAAAGAGACAACACCCCUUGCAGAAUCACUCAUGGAGAUGGAGGCGAGAGGAGCCGAAGUGAAUGAAAUUAACGAUUAUGAGCUCAAAUGGCUUAAGGAUCAUCCGUUAGUCAGUUUCGAUGAAGCCGUCGACGCACAAAUGUCGGUUGAGAACACGUCCCAAUCUAUUCGGGGUACCUACUGGAGUGAAGUGAAGGCAAAUCCGGAUCUUUCUAUUUCUCAGCGCCGUGUUAUUUCCGCCAAGUACACUAGGUCACCGGUCAUAUGGUCCUGUGCGAUCCCUCGCACUCGCGAAGGCUACUAUCACUAUCGAGCCGGUUUUCCUGCAGCGACGAAGCGAGCAAAGGUAUUUGCUCCGUAUGCAGAUCUUUUGUGGAUUGAGACAAGCACGCCAGAUCUGAAGAAGGCAGCAGAGCUUGCCAGGAAUAUCAGAAGGACUCAUUCCGACAAGAAGCUUGUCUACAAUCUCAGUCCGUCAUUUAACUGGAUAGGAGAAGGGUUUGACGAAGAGAGUCUCAAGUCUUUUGUGUGGGAAUUGGCCAAACAUGGAUUUAUCUUGCAGAUUGUCUCACUAGCAGGUGUACAUUCUAAUGCGUUAAUUACAACCGAGCUCUCUCGUGCCUUCAAGCGUGACGGCAUGCUAGCUUACGUGAAGUUAAUUCAGUCCCGUGAGAAGGACCUAGAUGUGGAGACACUCGUUCAUCAGAGAUGGAGUGGCGCAUCGUACGUUGAUGGCAUCUUGGCUGCAUUGCAGCCUGGAUGCAGCAGUAAUCAGAGUAUGGGCAAAGGGAGCACUGAGAAUUGUAAGUUGAUUUAUGUCUGCUCCCAGCCACCGCAUGAGAAUUGUAUUUUGGCCGCUGACGCAGUCAUUCAGAUUUUUGAAAGAACUCUGCAAUUCUACGAAAAGGAUAGGCAGGUUCCCAGGCUAUCUGAGAAGCAAUGGGAUGGCCUUCCAGGCUGCCAAGCCGCCAAGUUGGUACCGGACUAUCAGCUUCUGCUUUCUCCAGGCUAUGCCCUCAAUGAUGCCCUUGUCAUGAUAAUUCAUAGAUCUUUCUCGAAUAACCGCCUCAUGGUGGAGCGCACACGGGAUUGUGCUCGUUGGGCCAAUUUUGACCUUCGUAACCCUAAAUUUGUAUUUUCGUUUAGACCAAUCCUCCGUUCUGUCCAUUUCUCCCUUCAUGUAAAUUCAAACAACUUCGCUUAUGAUAUUAUGAAGGAACAGCAGCUGGUAACGCCUGGAUGCAUGCAACACCGAGGAUUUGCUGGAACUCGGCCGCCCAACUACUGCAUCUCUGACAUGGGGCUUAUGCCAUAA